GGCCAGAGCAAGACCUGGCAGUGUCGCGACCCCGCGUGUGCCUUCGCCAACUUUCUCUUCAGGUCCGCCUGUCGGGAGUGCGGUUCGAGGGCGCCACAGCACGUCAUCAAUCAGCAACGAGAGCAGCGGCAGCAGAAAACUCCAGUUGGGAACGGCAAGGCGCAGCGGGCCAAUGCCUGGCUCAACGGUCCUCCUGUCCUCCAGAGCCAAGGCGGCUCAAGGGCCGGGCGCGCCAACGCCAACGUCACGGAGUUGUCAAACGAGGAUAUCAUCAAGCUGCUCAAGUCACGAGGGCUUCAAGCGGGCUCGGAACUCGACACCAAGCUCACUGAAGUGCUCAAGAAAGCAGAGGAGCCAGGGCCCGCAGACCUUGGCUCCAAGGGGCUCCAGGACUUGCUCCAGCGGCAGUCGCGGAAGCUCAAGCAGAUCGAGGGGUCCACGGAAAGAGUGCAGAACGCCAAGGCCGCACUCGAGGAGGCUCAGCGCUACUACGAGCAGGAGUGCCAGCAGCUCAAGGCGCACCAAGACAACCUCUCGGAUACCGAAAAGUUCAUCAAGAAAGCCCAGGCCGCCACCGUUUUGUCCGAGCCUCCAGAGCAAGAUGGCGAGUCUGAUCCAAAGCAUGAGCUCCAGAUGCUGGAAGUCCUGGAGCUGGCUGUCAAGAAAUACACUUCUCGCUUCGCCAUCGAUGCCACUGCGGUCCUGGCGGCCACCGAGGCGAAGAAGGUGGAGUUCACAUCGAAGUUGCCGAAGGAGCAUCGGCUCAAAGAUUCGCCCAGGCACCAGAGUGCCGUCAAGUGGGCACAGCAGCGUGGAUUUCAAUCCUCCAUGCCCAAAGCAGAUAUUACAGGGCCAGGCCCUACGGAGUCCAGUGCUGGACGCGCUGUGCUCAGUCAGCUGCCAGCAGACAAGUUGGACUUGCGUUGUGGGAAGGAUCUGCCGUCUUCCAGGAUUGCGGCAUCCAUGAUCAAUAUUGGGCUUUCUAUUCCCUUGGUGAUACUAUCAGUAUACCUUCACACCAGCGGCGGGCUCGCAGGUGAGAAUAUAGAGCUCCUCGGCAAGUUGUUUCAAGCAGCUGACAAGCUACAGCUUCCGUGGAUAGUGGCUGGUGAUUGGAACCUGUUGCCAAGUGAUGUGGAUAAGUGGGCGAAACUUGCGCAAGGAGAAAUCAGUUCCUCAGGUGAGCCUACCUUCGGAGCGAGGGAGCUGGACUUCUUCAUCUGCAGCAGAGUACUGGCGCCUUUUGUGGAUUCUGUUUAUAUUGUUCCUGGUGCCCCAGCAAAGUCUCACGCGCCAGUGGCUUUGAAGCUCAGCGGCAUAGGAGUGCAGGCCAAGCGCCCCCUGAGGCUCGAGGGGAUCAGUGGCCGUGGCAGAUUGGAGCUGAGUACCCACCUGACCUUCAGCAAGCCUGUCAAGCGUGGUUUCGACAUGUCGAAACCUAUCUUCUGGAUGUUCACGAUAGUCAAGGUUGGCGCGGGCAAACCUACACUGGCAGAGCAGAAGGGCUUCGAGUGCAGCAUGUG